CCCUCUCCGGGGACCUUCCCAGCAGCCUUUGCUGGCUCUCCCCCAGCCAAACAAAGAGCGCAGGAGCUUUCAAAUUGCUGCAGCCUCACGCCGAAUUGGGUACCGGAGAGGGGCCGGCGGGGGCCUCGCUAGUGGAGCCCAGCCGGGCUGGCAGCGGCUCAACGUGGCCUGGCUCGUUUCCACUCGCCGUACGUAGACACGGGGGGUCGGACUCGUGGCUGAAGACAGCUAGCUGAGCCCAAGAGAGUUGAUCCACAGUUUGGUAUGUGAGACAUAUGCCAACCCUCCAGUUGGGACACUAGCAAGUUGGAUUUAGCCUGCCACUUACCCCCUCAGCGUGACCGGCCCAGGAUGUAUGGGCUGCCACUCUCAUUCCAACAGGCUGGAAGUUGAAUCUCUUUCCACUUUGACAAGGGAGACACUCCAUUGCUGUGCCAUUUCCUUCCUGUUCCUCUCCCACAAAGAGCUGCAAGCCUGAAAAGAGUGGAUCCUUCUAUGUCUCUGAUGACCAGGACAGCAUCCCGCAGCCACUAUUGGUCUGGAGCUGUGGUGACUCCAGAAAGGGCCAUGGCAACUAUAGGCAGCCCUGGGACACAAAACUAGCAGAGGCUUAACCUCUUCGCUUGCACGGCAUGCCCUCUUGUGCCACGGAUACAACCUCUGUUACUACCCACCAAGUGCCUUGUCUCCUUAACUGGCUUCUGGGACAGGAGUAAUGUCACUAUGGUCCUUGUGGGAGGAACAUAGCCCAGCUGGCUGCGCUAGCAGGAGUCCCGACUAAGGAUGUAGCUACAGAACACUAGCACAAAAAAGCAAAUUGGGAGGGGCUUUGAUCCAUGCCCUUUGUCCUGCCAAGUGAGCGAUGGGCCGCUUGGACGACCAUGCCAAGAAGCGGAUAGUGGAGCUGCGCAAAGCCGGGCUGAGCUUCCGUAAAAUCAAGAAAGUCCUAGAGCUGGACAAUAUCCGGGUGACCCCGCAAGCUGUCUACCUGUUCCUCAAGCGUAAGAAUGUGGAGCCAGCACAGCCUCCAGGAGCCUCCCAUUUCCAACCAGCUGGAGGCCGUGGGAGCAGGAGAAUGGCCAUCAACCGGGCUGGUUGGGAGGAUGAGCAGCUCUGGAACUUGCUGCAGGAAAAUGAGACUGAUCAGAACAAGCAGGCAGAGCCCAGAGGCAGCAGGCAGCCAGGUCCCAGGACCCCAGCACUCCCCGGAAGAGCCACCGUGAGCUGCAAGGAGCCACACCUCAAUGACAACCAAGACUGCAAGGAUGGCAUCAAAAUAGUCAGCGUGACAUCACUGUGGAAGGAUAGUGGGCAGUUUGGGAAGGUGCCUACAGUGCCCAUGGGCCCAUCUCCAGCAGCACAGCUAUCCCCUAUUAACAGUGACGACUGCUCUGGGACAAUGACCUCAGCUGUGGGUAACCACCCGGCUCCGCUCCCACCAGCUAUGGCUCAGCAGCAGCUGAACACCAGGGGCAGAAUGUUCUUGUUGCCUGCCAGGAAUCCAGCCUUAAUUGUGAAGAAGAAGAUUGUGGACAGGGCCAUCCAUCUCCAGAAAAAGGCAGCCAUUCAUAACGGGCAUAGUCCAUCUGAUUCGACGACUGUCCUGCCCUUCUUGGUGGGAGUGCAGCCGGCCAACCAGCCUCCCAGGGCAAACCCAUCUGUCGUGGCAGCCUCUAUGAGCCGCAGUGCACAUGUCAAAGAUGCCAGCACCCAAACAGCCUUGCUUAACUCUGCAUGUUCUUCAGGCAAUCAGAACCCUGUGUUGGGUGGGCGGAUGCUGGGCCCCUCACCCACCUCCCAUGCCAUUGCCGAGAAGCUGGAUGCUGUACACAAACAGGUGCAGAAACUGACACAUGCAGUGCACGCGGUGCUAGAGAGGCAGUGCCGCAUGGAGCGCCAGCAGGAGCAGCAGCAGCGUUUCCAGCAAGAGGUGCUGAUGGCACUUCAGCAGCUCAGCUCCACCGUGAGCCAUGGGACAGUGCCAGGAAACGAGCCCUGUGUCCCCUUCAGCAGCAUGGCUGAUCCUUCGCCCUCUGUGCCAAACUUCAGCCAAUUCAGGAUGGAGCUAAUCUGAUGAAAGGCUGAUGCCAGCAUUCAUGGGCCUGGGCAUAAGAGUGGCCUGGAGCUAGCUCUGGACAAAGCAGCUGGCAUGGGCCACCCUAGCUGAAAUAUAAAGGGAUCUCAAGCAGGCAGCUGCAGCUGAGUGAAGAGAAGCAGGCAUUAACACUUCAUAAACUGCAGCUCUAAGAGCCUGGCUAAGGCCCUGCUACUGCAAGAACAGAAGACUGGGAGGAGGAAGGCCACCAAUAACACCGAGACUCAGUCUGCUUUGGCCUAGUUAAUCCAGCCCUGCUGCCCCCAGGAAGAGGCAUGUACCAAUGGGAAGCUGAAACAUGCCAAAGGAAAGCCUUAAUUCUAGCCACUAUAUACAGCAAAUGAAAUACUGGUUUAGCUCCCAAGGCCCAGGCCCAAAGGAUAUGGAACUCCAGCAGCUUAGAGAGGCUGUCUACAGCCAAGCACCAUGCUACAUUAGAAGGAAAACAUGGUGGCAGGCAUCACUCUCUCCUUGGCAGGGCAAGCAUUUAAUGUUUACACAGGGAAGGGAGCGUGAGCAUUAGAAUGUCCAGGAGCUUGGGUUUUGGAUGUUUUUUUGCCCUUUCUUUCAGAGUGGUAUAUGGAGAGUAAAAUAAUCUCAGUAAAGUCUAUACACCCACUGCUCUA